CUGGCAGUCAGAUAACGGGACUUUCCCCUUUUAACGAUUUUAAUUGAGCGGCCCUUCGUUCCCCCCUUCCUCCUAUUUGAUUGCUGCCAUUUGCUGCCAUUGAACCCGCGAAAAACUCUCUUUUCACCAUUUCCGUGGUUCUCCUUCUGCAUCCUCACACGCCGCUGCUUCUGCAUCCCGUGGUCGACGAAUGCGCCAAAGGGGCCUCUUUUUAUAGUUGUCCUUCUUCUUGCCACUUCUUGUCACUCCUUCAUCUUCAAUUAUUUACAACUUUCACUCUACUUCCCUUUUUUUUUCCUUUCUCCCCUAUCUGCUUACGUCGAAGAGACGCCACCCCUCGGUCAACGCGCGUCCGCGUCCGUGUCCGUUCCAACUCUAUAAUUUAUCCCAUAGCCACGAACUCCUGGUUCACCGACACUUCUGCGAUACAUCCAACAUGGCGUCUCCGUCACCCGCUGCUCUGUGGGAGUCUCUCCCCAUUCCUACCCUUGAUAGGCCAUUCGGUGUGCCUAUCUGGCCAUACUUCAGCAAGGCCUUCGAGCUGGUCGCUGGCUACCCUGCCGAGGAAUUCAGAUUUGUCCCCGGGAAUACACCAUUGUCGACAUUGAGGGAAUCACUCAUCUUCUCCGUCGUCUAUUACUCCAUCAUCUUCGGCGGUCGUGAGUGGAUGCGCAACCGAGAACCCUUCAAGCUCAAGACCCUGUUCUUAAUCCACAACUUCAUCUUGACUGCCGUCAGCUUCACCCUCCUCGUUCUCUUCCUCGAGCAACUCAUUCCCACGCUUGCCCGCCACGGUCUUUUCUACGCCAUCUGCGAUGCCGAUGGUGGUUGGACUCAACCUCUGGUUGUCUUGUACUAUCUCAAUUACCUUACUAAGUAUCUGGAGUUUUUGGACACCGUGUUCUUGUUCCUCAAGAAGAAGCCAUUGACCUUCCUUCACUGCUACCACCAUGGCGCGACCGCUUUCCUCUGCUAUACCCAGCUCGUCGGCUCGACCUCGGUCUCCUGGGUUGUCAUUACCCUUAACUUGACUGUCCACGUGGUCAUGUACUGGUACUACUUCCAGAGCGCUAGGGGCGUUAAGAUCUGGUGGAAGGAGUGGAUCACCCGUCUUCAGAUCAUUCAGUUCGUCAUUGAUCUUGGUUUCGUUUAUUUCGCAUCUUACACUUACUUCACAUCCACAUACUGGCCAUGGAUGCCAAAUGCUGGAAAGUGUGCCGGCGAGGAGUACGCCGCCUUUGCUGGCAUCGGCACGCUCACCUCGUACUUGGUUCUCUUCAUCUCCUUCUACUUCGCUACCUACAAGAAGGACAAGAAGGCCCCAAGCUCGCGCAAGACUCUUCGUCGCAUGUCCCAGGCGCCUCUUCCCGACCCUCACGUUGUUGCCAACGCCUCCCAAAAUGGUCAGGCGAAGGCCACCGGAGCCAGGAAGGCCAACGGCACCACACCUCGCUCUCGAAAGGCAUAGAGUGGCCAUUCUUGACUGCCAAGGGGUCAACGAACUUGCAACUAGAUUUCUAGUGCUGUUCUUUCCUAUCUAACUCCUUCUCUUUGCCUCUAGUAGGCAGUUUAUUAGCACCUUUCAAUCAUUGUAUUAGUGGUAUUAUCACUGGGCACGAUGUAAUCGACCACGAAAGGAGGUGAACGGGCAGUUGGUUGGAAAUCCCGGCGUUGCAUUUGUAAAUAUACGGGAGUAAAACUUAAAGGGGUAGUGCACUGACAUGGAGUUUGGAUUGGUCGGGGUUGAUGAUUAAAGCAUAUGGAGGAAUAUUUCUUAAGGUUGCGAGAUAUAAUGUCUCGUCAUGUCACAAUUACGUACAAGCGAAGAACGGCUUCGAGCUCUUUUUGUCUCAGCCGUGGGCGACUGGAAAGACUUUAGACGACAAUUAAUAAAAUGAACGACAUAAUAAUUAUUAAUGAACCUUGAAGAAUCAUAUCAGCCUACGCAUGUGAACUGGAAAUAUGAUGCCCGAGUAGACUUAC